GAUUUUGACACGUGUAAUCGCGGCAUGCGAAUUGUCAAAACACGGUGCAUGCACAUUUCGUUGUUUUGUUUACAUCAUUAUUUCGUGUAAUCGGCUCAAAAAUUAAAUAACACCAUGGCGUCUGCAGUGGCCGAGCCGGGCCGAAUAGUUCCUACGGCAGAAGAGCAAGCAGAAGAGCGACGAAAAUUUCGAUACCGAGCCGGUGCAUUCCUAGCAGCGGUCGGUGCAACGUCAGCAGUAGCGGGAUUCAGCAAAGCAAUCAUGUCGGCGAAAAAAUCUGACCCAAAGUACUUCGACAAAGGACUGCACGGUAGCUUAGCGCUGCACGAGGCCGGCACCAGCCUGGCACUGCGAGCCCUCGGCUGGGGCACACUGUACGCCAUCCUUGGCACCGGUACGAUUUGCUUCGGCAUAUGGAAGCUGAGCGGCGCAAAGAAUAUGGAAGAGUUCCGGCAAGCGGUUGGCAGUGCUUUCCCUCGCGUCCCACGGAACGAUCCACCGACCAGUCGGACCGAGUUCGAAGGAUUGACCGAUCUGAUGCAGUACCUGUCAACGUGGGGCAAGGAGGAGAAAGCCGUUACUUCCCUAGCGACCACACAGCCUAGUCAGUAAGCCGGUCUUAGCAGGCAAGCAAGCGGGAAAUCAGCUGCACACUGUUAAUUUGAAGCCAAACAUGUAAAUAUAGACGCUUCUGGUAGUCAAAUAAUAAUGAGAA